UCUUUAGAUAAUACAAUAAUUAUACAGGUGUUUAUCUUUGCUACGAAUCAUUAACAUAAGAUUAUCGAUCUAAUUACAUUAUUUCAUACAUUUGUGAAGUAACCAUGAACAAAUUAACAGCUUUACUUUGCUUGACUGUUCUUGGCCUGGCCUAUGGCCUGCCCAGUAUUCUGCCACAAAACCUUGAUUUAGAUAAUCUUGAACAAUAUGGCCAGAAUGAUCUGGAAGCGUCGGUGGCAGAUGAUGACAUCGGCAAAGCAGCAAGAUUCGAUCCUGUUCGCACAAAUGUCUAUCACCUAUUUACAAGGGAUAACCCGGUAGUGAGCCAGCCUCUCAUUUUGAACAACCCAAGCCUUCUCCAGUCAACCAACUACAGAAGUAACAGACGCACAAUUAUUCUGGUUCACGGAUGGUUGGAAUCUGCUCUCGCUGACUUUAACAGCGUACUUAUUCCUGUAUUCCUCGCCGCUGAAGACGUAAACGUCAUCGUUGUAGACUGGAGCAUCGGAGCUAGUUCUAUCGACUACAGGACCGUUAUCGUCAACACCAUUUCUUCUGGCCAAGCGGUGGCAGCCUUCAUAAACUGGGUGAAUGAAGUAGGAGGCGCCAAUCCAGUUAUGUACCACAUUGUAGGACACGGCUUCGGUGGUCAUCAGGCUGGUAUUAUCGGAAGGAACGUCAAUGGCAACGUUGCGUAUAUUACAGCUCUUGACCCCGCUUUCAUCGGCUGGGUAAGCCACCCUGAUCGCUUCGACGCCAGAGACGGACAAUAUACUGAAGUCAUUCAUACAAAUUACGGCAUCAACGGCUAUCUGGCUGACCUUGGUGACGUCGACUUUUACCCCAACGGUGGAAUCUCUAUGCCUGGAUGCAACUCUCACGCUUGUGACCAUGCGAGGAGCUACUUCUACUUUGCCGAGUCCAUCACAUCAGGAGGUUUCACUGGAAGACAAUGCAUCAACUACUUCGCUGCGAUAAUGGGAACCUGUGACCUUCUCCCUGGCAGACUACAGAUGGGAGGACUCAUGCCCAAAAAUGGACGCAGUGGUGUCUACUUGUUGGAAACAAAUGCCUCCCCUCCAUUCUCUCAAGGCUGAAGAAAAUAACAAAUGAACACACAUUUCUUUAUUACUAAGUACUAGUCACUUGCAUCACAAAGUUUAAAGCAAUAAAUAGGAUAAUGUUUCAUUACAAGCAUGAAAAUAGAAAUUAAAACCUAAAUUAAAUGCAUUUUUGUAUCUAAGAAUGCACACGAACAUGUUAUCUAUCACAAUUGAUUAGGAUGUUUCAAGUUUUUGGGUCCUCUUCGUUGCGAAGUUUCUGUAGGGUUUACUUGGGGGGAAGAACUGCUUGCUUCAGUUGAACUGACUGGCUUAGCUGAAGUGGUAUUGGAACUAGGCGUUUCUAAGAGACUGCUGAGUAACGCAAUGCUUUGCUGUGCAGUUUGGUACACUCCUGCGAAGAACUUGUUUGGAUCAAAUUCAACGUCUUCUCCGUCUUCACUGUUAUCGUCUGUAUUUUCUUCUUCCACAGCUCUGGAAAUAAAAGAUAAACAAUUU